AUGCAGACUGACAAGCUAGUUAUUAAAUUCUUACAGGCGCCACGAUCACUGCCCGGGCUUCAAGCCAUCGCUUAUCUCAAAGCAGACGAGGACUCCGGAGUUACAGGGGAGUUGCUCUUCACACAAAUUGUGCCCAAUGGUCCUGUGACCAUUGAGGGUAACAUCACGGGCCUGGCGGCGGGGUUGCAUGGGCUGCAUGUGCACCAGUCGGGAGCUAUCAAGGACAAUUGUAAAGAUAUUGGGCCGCAUUUCAUCGCUUAUUACGGCCGCCACGGCGGGCCUCGUGACCACAUCCGCCACGUCGGAGACCUCGGCAACAUCAAGGCAGACGAAGGCACGCUGGCCGUGAAAAUCGUCGACCAUCUCGUCUCUCUGGCCGGUCCUAGGUCUAUAGUUGGACGGUCUGUGGCUAUAACUAAGGGGGAAGAUGAUUAUGGGAGAGCGGGGACUGAGGAUAGCGCGCUGACGGGAUCGUCGGGGCCUGCGGUCGCUUGUGGUAUUAUUGGUUAUACGAAUUAAGU